GAGAGAGAGAGAGAGAGAGAGCACGCUUCUCAUUGAUUGGUCUCUGCCCUGCAGUCCUUACAGAGAUAAACUGAAGUAGCAAGAGAAACGCAUAUAACGGUAUGAGAAAACAAGAGCUACAUUAACCUAAAAAAAAGCAGAUCCUUUUGAUUGUCUGCAGCUGUUUAUUUAAUUUUAUUCCGUCCAGGCAGAUGACUUUCUCAGGAUAUCUUUGGUUGGUUUACCUGACCUGCAUUGUGCUUGUGUUUGUCUCUCCGGCUGAUUUGGCUCCGAUGCUGGACCAGUACUCUCGGGGUGUGGACUGGUUGAGCAGGUAUGGAUACCUGUCCCCUCCGGACCCCCGCACAGGAAAGCUGCAGACUAAAGAAGGCAUUGAGAGAGCCAUCAAAGAAAUGCAGCGUUUCGCUGGCCUCAAAGACACAGGCAAACUCGACAGUGACACACUGAAACUGAUGAACACACCACGGUGUUCACUGCCAGACAUUAUAGGGUCUGAGGACAAGCUAAAAAAGCGGAGGAGGAAGAGAAGAUAUGCAACCACUGGGCUUCGCUGGAAAACGUCUGACCUCACGUGGAGCGUCCAGAAUUACCCAUCUCUCCCUCCAUUCCUCAAACCCAGUGAAGUGGACACUAUAAUGACCUAUGCUCUCAAAGCCUGGAGUGAUGUCACCAACCUCAAGUUUCAUGCUACAUCCUCAAGUGAGCAGGACAGAGCUGAUAUCAAGAUCUCUUUUGCUCGCUCGCUCCAUGACGACGGGUAUCCAUUCGAUGGGAAGGGAGGGACACUUGCUCAUGCCUUCUUCCCAGGGGAGGCUGAUGUUGCUGGAGAUACACAUUUUGAUGAUGAGGAGAGCUGGACAUACAUAGAUGACAAUGGCACUGAUUUGUUUGCGGUGGCUGUGCAUGAAUUUGGUCAUGCCCUGGGUCUCUCUCAUUCCUCUUCUCAUCCGUCCAUCAUGAGGCCAUACUACCAGGGUCCUGUUGGUGAUAUUGCAUCCUACAAUCUUCCAGAAGAUGAUCGUUAUGCCAUUCAGUCGAUAUAUGGAAGGAAGAGUAGCUCAUCAACACCAUCCCCAAAUCAUCCCACACCAAACUUGCCAAAACCACCAAGUCCACCUCAGCCCAAAGUACCAUUACAACCUGAUCCAUCAGUCCAGAAUCGUUGUGAAGGAGGUUUUGAUGCAGUGGCAAACAUCAGAGGAGACGUUUUCUUUUUUAAAGGUCCAUAUUUCUGGCGAAUCCAGCGAUCCGGUUCUCUUGUGUCCUUUCACCCGGCUCUCAUAAAAAACUUCUGGAUCGGUCUUCCUCCUGGCACUAACAAGAUAGAUGCAGUUUAUGAAAGAAAAACGGAUAGCAGAAUCAUCUUCUUUAUAGGCUCACAGUACUGGGUAUUUAAAGACACCAUGGCGAUUUCUGGCUACCCACGUCCGCUGUCAGAUUGGGGGCUGAUCUCUCAUGACGGAAGCGAGGUGAGGAAGGUGGACGCUGCCUUUAUUUGGGCUCAUAAUGGAAAAACCUACAUCUUCAGUGGUGGAGAGUUCUGGAGGUUCUCUGAUGGCACUGGGACAGAGAAGCGCCGUCCAGACACAGGUUAUCCCAGAAACACCUCCCUCUGGAAGGGCGCUCCCAGUAACCCCGAUGAUAUCAUCACCUGGGGAGACGGAGAUGCCUAUUUCUUCAAGAACAACUCGUAUUGGAUUCUGAAGAACGGAGGAUUGGACCAAGACAAUGUCAGUCAGAAAUCAACAGCAGUCGACUGGAUGAUGUGUCCUGAACCGACUCCAACCAAACUUCCUGCCAAUCCACGUCACAAAGGAGGAGAAUGUUACUGUGACCUGAACGGAGUCUUACAAAUGAGUGCUUCAUCCUGGUUACUGUUCAUCGUAUUACUGUUUUAUCCAGGAGUCCUUGUAUAGGGCCACUUGCAAAAACAAGACGAGAGUCAUCAGACUUAUUUUUACAGACACUCUCAAAGCACAUAAAGUGAUAUCUGAUUUCCACAUAGUACUAAAAGUAGCUUCACAUGGUAAAAGACAGUUUUAUGUUUUGAUCUAUGCAACUUUAAUGUAUAAAUAUAUUGAAAUGAAUUAUUUUAAGCUUAUUUUAGGAUAAAGUUGAAAUAAAGAGGCUGAAAUUAAAUUAAUGGAACUGUAUAAAUACAGCAUGAAUUAAAAAUGCCUUCUGUGGGGUUGGGCAUUGUUGGCACAGUGGUUAGCCAGAAAAAUUAAAAAUGGCCCUUCAUGGCCAAAAGGUUGUUGACCCCUGCUGUAUGUAUUUUUUAUGAUCUUUAGCUGUAAUGACAAGUAGGAUCCACAUGGGGGCAUUAACACACAGCCAGGCAGAGGUUUUCUACUUCAGCGCAUUGUCUAGGGUCAUCGCAUAAGUUCACAAGGCCGGGAACUAAUUUUGCUGGGGAAUUUUGAUAAGGAUGUGGGUCAUACCUUGAUUUUUUUUGUCUGGGUCUAAAAUUUCUUAAAUUCAUAUAAAUCCAAUUGAAACAAGUGAUGCAAUCCUCCUGAUAUCAUAAUGACGAAAAAGCCUCAUUCAAAGAGCAUAAUUCAUGAAAUGAAAGUACUAUUGCAUUACUAUUUCUUUGAAAAACAAAACGUACCUGUAUAUAAAACAUUUUUUCCUGCAAUUCAAAACCAUGUGAUGCAUCCAAUGUUCAAAUACAUAGAAAGAUCAAUUAUUUUCUUAUUUUUGUAUUUUUCUUCUUUUAAAUGUCUAUGCAGUUUUUAUUAU